AUGCAGAUGACAGCCAAUGGGGUAACCGUUUCGAUGCAACCCAGUAUCGCGAAGCGAAUCAGAUUGGUCAGAGACUACGUGGUGAGAUGCGUGGGCUCCGUCAUUGCCUCCAAAUUCUUAGUCCAGAUUGGUUCAUUGACGCCGAUACGGAGACGCAUGCGCAUUUGGGGCUGUGAUUAUCGCCAGCUUCUCCUCAUUUCCAUCUCGAUGGGCACUGAUUUCUUGUCCUCUUACCCAUUGUGA